GAGACCCAGUAAGCUGAGCUGCGCUGCAGAGUUCUUGGGAAGCCCGGCUUCACCCGUUUCAUAGGAAGACCAGGAGGCUGAAUUCUAUCCAGACCUGAACGGCAAGUUCUAAAGUUGUCCAGAAAGUUUUGUGGUUCAUUCUUGGAAACUCAUGCUGUACAUAUUUCACAGAGCAUGAGUGGGUAUAAGGCAGUGGUUCUCAGCCUAUGGGUCAUCAGAUAUUUGCAUUACAAUCCAUAGCAGAAGCAAAAAAGUUAUGAAGUAGCAUCAAAAAAAUUUUAUGGUUGGGGGUCACCACAACUUGAGGAGCUCUUAGAGAGUCGCAGCAUUAGGACGGGUGAGAACCUCUUGCAUGAGGGAUGCUUGGCUCAAACUGUCCGGACACAUUUUACCAGUGAGAAUCUGAGUAACUCUUUUAGGGUGUUACUGCUAAAACCCUGUUUCCGAGCAGUAAAAUGAGAGCUGAUGCUGGUGCUUACUUAAAAGAUUCCUUGCCAGGAUUAAGUAGAUAUAUUAACAGAGAACUGUUAGACUGUAUUUCCCUCGGGGUAACUUUUGACCCUGGUGUCCACCAGUCCUCUGUCCCCAACAGGGAAAGUCCCAAGGGCACAGUUAACGGUGCGGGGAGCAAGCUGCUAACAACUUGUAGCUCAAUCUGCAGUAGCUGAGGAAAAAUAUCCCAGUGGCCCUGAAUGUCCAGCCUCAUUAUAUAUAGUGCAUCUAUGCGUGUCCAGGGGGAGGUCUAGCGUGCUGGAAAGAGCAGUGGAAAGGGCCUCCAGGAGCAAGUCAAUGACAACAUAUCUACUUCAUCUUCAGUCAGACUAUGGAGCCAGCCCUGAACACAGUCCAGAAUUCUUGAGCGGCCAGGAGCCUUCCAAGGCACGGAGCCACAGAGCAAGGGGCCCAUGUACUCAGUUCUGGACUGCUUCUGGCUCAUGGGCAGGAUGGGAACCAGAACAAGCUUCCUGGGCCUCUUCUGAACUGAUGUUUGCUUUUUCUAAGUCGUGCGGUGUCAUCGUCCCCCAUCGACCCCCCCCCACCAGUCGAAACAAUGACUCCACCCCAUCUCUCCUGAAUUCUGCCCAAUUUCUGGUGUCCUCAGUGCUUGGGAUCCACAUGCUUGAUUGCUUACUGUCUGUGUCUGUGGCGGUCCUGGAGGCCAUCAAGUUGGAAAAGUUGCUUUUUAGGUGUUUUGUGAUUGCUUUGGGCAAGGAAUAUACUCGCCAACUUUUCGACAGCUUCAAGUGCCCUGUUUCAUUAUACCUAAGCACUCAUACCAUGCACUGCAGUAGUUUAAUCAGAGGCAGUUCUGUCCCGUGAGAAGCCACUAGAGUGCCUGCUUCUUGAGGUUCCAGUCAGAAGCCACCAACUAACCUCUAAGCCUUGGAGUCUAAGGACCAUCUACUUUAAGUAAUCGAAUAUAUUUCUUUGCAUUGUCCGUGUUUUAUGAAAGUUGUCAGCCACAGCCCCGUUGGCAUGGGAUCUGAUGCUUCCGGCUUGCUUUCUCAAUUGCUGUCUGCUCAAAUAAGCUGUUUAAUUUGAAUGUCCCUACAGUUAUCUUUUGAUAGUUCCAGUUUGACCAUAUCGGACCAGAUAUUUCUAGUUCUGGUCUCCCGUGGUCUUCAGAUUUCAAUUUUUAUUUUGUUUGUUUGUUUGGGCGUGAGUUUCAUGGGUACCAGGCUGGCCGUGUACUCCCCGAACUUGAACCUCUCAUCCUCCUACCUCCACUUCGUGAGUGGUGGCAUCACAGGCAUAGGCUUCCACACCUUGUUUCUGCGGUGCUGGGGAUGCAACCGGGAGCUUUGUACAUCCUGGGCAAGCACUCAACCAGCUGAGCGAUACAGCUAGCCUGGAUUUUUAUUUUAUUUUGUGCAUACGGGUGUUUUCCCUGCAUGCAUGUUUGUGCACCAUGUACAUGCCUGGAACCCGCUAAGGCCAGAAGAGAGUAUCAGAUUCCUUAGAACUGGAAUCAUAGAUGAUUCUGAGUGGCUGAGUGGGUGCUGGGAACUGAACCUAGAUCCUCUGGAAGAGCAGCCAGUGGUCAUUACCCGCCUCUCCUGACCCAAUAUUUUACUCCUCUAUUCCUUAACAGACAAAGAGGUUUGUCAGCAGGCAUAGUGGCCGCCCCAUUCCCAGUGGUCCUUCGCUGUGGUCCCUGCCGUGAAGAGGAAGCCCUUUCUGGGGAUAGUUACAGUUACUGCUGUUGUCACCCUUGUUACAUUUGAGAUCAUUGCACGCCUGCCCCUUCCCCUUCAAGAAGCACUCAUAGUGCAGUGUUUGAGGACAGCGACUUUCCUUCAGUACUUUGGAGACUUAGUUUCAUUAUUUCACCUGCAAAUAUGCCUGUGGAACAUUCUGGUGCCAGAUGGAGAAUUUCUUUCUUAUGGAGUGCUUUCUGUCUUUGCUGCAUGCUCAGGCAGUUCUCUUUCCUUUUGCAUUUGAAAAAAUGUAAUAAAAUGUGUUUCAGUAUCAAGCUUUUCCAGAAGAGUGUCGCUCUUAUUUAUCAGGCACAACUUCGUCCACUUUCUUUCUCAUCUCUGACAUGCACUUGUUUCUCUUCACAUACGUUUUCUGUCCCCUGUUAAUUUCUCCUCCUGGGUGCUGUGGAGGGUCUUGUCUUUCCUGUCUUUUGUCUCUCUUCUAACCCUGGAACGGAGUUGUCUUUUAUUAGCCUUCCCUGUAAUUAUCAAGCUUCUCUUGAACAUGAGAUGCUAUGGUCUUCCAAAGGUGCAUGUGUUAAAUUCUUAGUCCAAAGCCUACUCUGCCACUGGGAAAUGGUAGAGCCCUGUGGGCAGUUUUACAGUCAGUGUGUGAGUGUGGGGCACACCCUUGAACAGGAUGCUGAGACCUCCACCUUCCUCUUUCUCUGACUUCCCUAAUGCCAUGAAGAGAAAUGCUUGUUCUACCACAUCGUACUUGUCAUGAAGGAUUGUCUCCUGACAGACCCAAACAUAGUGAGGACAACUGGCCAUUGGCUCAAAACUAGGAAACAAAAUUAAAGCAUCCUUUCUUUUUUUUAAUUGCUUACCUCAGACAUUUUGUUACAGUAGCUGAAAACUGACUAAGAGAAAAUGAAUUCCAGGGUUGAGGAUUCAUUGCUGUGACUAGACCAGUAUGUUUCAGAGGCCCUUGGAUUUGCCUCACAAAAGAGUUUCAGAGAGUUUGGAGAUGCAUCCAGAGAAUGACAAGAGAUCUCCAAGCAGAUCUUAACCUGUGAUCACUGUGGUCUUAGAAGAGCCAAAUACAAAUGGAAAUGUGGACAGUGAUGUACUCCUGGGGUUUCAGAUAGAAAGGAAGAAUCUACUGGGAAUUGGACGAGAGGCCACCCAUGUCACACCAUGUCAGAUGAUCCCUCGAGGCUGUGUGUUAGGAUGAGCUUGAAGGUGACAGGAUUGUUCACUGGAUGGAGGAGACUGCCAGGCAGCACAGAAUUCAGGGGGUGACACAGACAUUAUGCUUGGUUGCAGCCAGACAGUGAGAUUGGAGCUCAACAAGAACAGAAUUGCAAGAUUCAGAAAAUUUGCAAUUUGACCAUAACAGGUGCAUAUAUGAAGUUUCAUGAAUAAGAGGUAUAGUUCUCCAGUCUCAUAAAAAGAAGCCCAGUCCGAUCAGAUCAUUGGGACAAUAGGAUAGAUGCCUUGGGGGGCACCCCUGGAAAGAGCUAGGUCUCCACUCUCUCAGUCUCAAAGAUGUAAAGGUGAAAAAUUGCCUCUAAUAUUUUCUAGGGCAGAAUCUUUUGAUAAGAAAGGAAUUGUGCCUCUCUGGAACCUCAUGAAUUUUUUAAGCUGCUGCCAAUAAAAAAGUCUACCUGUGGGUCUGAUGGGCACCAGUGGCAGCCCUUAGAAUCUUGCAGCUGUUGCUGGUCUUUCAAAUAAAAUGCAAGAGUCUGGGCUAGCAAGAUUGCUGAUCAGAUCAACUACUGCAGGGAAACGGGUCAAGGAAGUGUAAACACUGGUCAUGGUACCUCAAUUAGUGGAAUUUCUUUAGUUUUCAAAAUCCUGGGGGGUCUUGUGGUCUUUGCAUAUCAUCAGUAGAAACCUUCGUUAUACCAGAACAUGCUCCUUCUGUCCUCUGAUCAAAAGACAAAAAGCAUAGUAUUUAACAUUCAGGAAAGCAAUGUGCUUAUCUAAAGGCUAGAGUAUCUUAAGAAAACCUGAUUUCCUUCCUGUGACUCAGCUCUGAAUGUCAUAUCGACGCGUGUGAUUGACGAUAACGUUGGGGCUUACUCUUUGUCCUACUGGAAGUCUGCUCUCACUUUGGUGCCAUUGUUCCUUAUCGUUGCUCUGUCUUUUCCCCUGGAAUGAGAGCGCUUAACUGGGACAUUGUUUAUCAACAGCAUGUAACUCAUUCAAGUUUGCACGGAGGCUCCCAGCUCAGCCAGCCUGGAGUCUCAGGGGAGAAUUCUCACUUGGACUUUUGAGAGAUACUGGACAGUUAAACUUUAGAGGUCUUGGAUAUGGAGUAAAUAAAUUUUGUGCUUUAGAGGAACAUAAACCUGUGGGACUGAGGGAAGAACACUGCAGUUUGAAUAAGGACUGUCCAAAAGUACAUUGCUGUAGAUUUUAUUCUAGUUCGUGCUAUGAUUUGAAAGUCACAGCUUUUCAAGCCAUCUUGAAGAGCGUUUGGGGAGGCUGGUCCCUUCCUGUCUCAUUCUUUACUUUCCAUGUUGAGCAAAUUAAGCCGCGUUGUGCACAGCAUGACCUUGCCACAUUGCAUUUUGCCACCACAGACUCAAAUCCAUAGGACUAUGGGUAGGGAAGUCCAAACUGCUAAACAAAAUGACCUCUCCCUCUUGCUUAUGUCUGUGUUCAUUUGGGUGAGUGCUUGUGCGCAUGUGGAGACCAGAGAUUGACCUCAGGGGUCUUCCUCAAUCACUGUCGACCUUUGUUUUAGAGACAAGGUCUCUCGCUAAACCUGGAGUUCACUGAUUUGGUUAGGCUGACUGGUCAGCAAAUGCCAGGGAUCCACCUACCUCCAGUCCCUACUCCACCCCACCCUGUAACUGGGGUGACAGAUUCAUUCCCAGUGCUAUGGAAUUGCACUCAGGUCCAUGCUUAUGUGGCAGGUAUUUUACAGACUGAACCAUCUCUUAGCCCCCAAACACAUUAUUUUAUUGAAUUAUUUUUAACUUUUGGCUAUUAGGAUUCUGUACUGUUAAAUGCCCAUAAGGAAGUUCUUCCUAUUGUCCUGUUUCUUCUUCUAAUGGUUCUAGUGGUUGUCUUUCUAGGGUUGGAAUUUUUUUUAUAUGUAUGCCUUGUCUUCCUCCCCGAAUAACAUGGUGUAUGGUGUAUUUUCAUGUGUUUUGUUGUAUAUUUGUAACUCUAAUUCUAUGUCUAUUUAUUUCUCGAAUCUGCUGUGACUGGUGUGAUGUCUGUUGCUAGGCUCACACUCUUCAAUCUUGCCAGAGGAAGGGAAAGACAAUGAAUUUGACAAGAGACUUUUUCGUGGAGAUUCUCUGUUUUUCACAAGAAGAAGAAACAUCCUAAGACAUCUGAAUUAAACCUGCCAACCAGCCUAUAUUAAGCUUACCAGCACAGGGGACCAUGGACAUCGAAGCGUAUUUUGAAAGGAUUGGUUAUAAGAACUCAGCGAAUAAAUUGGACUUGGACACAUUAACUGAAGUUCUUCAGCACCAGAUGCGAACAGUUCCUUUUGAGAAUCUUAACAUGCAUAGUGGCGAAGCCAUGGAUCUGGGUUUAGAGACCGUUUUUGACCACAUAGUGAGGAAGAAGAGGGGUGGGUGGUGUCUCCAGGUUAAUCAUCUCCUGUACUGGGCUCUGACCAAAAUGGGCUUUGAAACCACGAUGCUGGGAGGAUACGUUUACAUAGAUCCAGUCAGUAAAUACAGCAGGGAAAUGAUUCACCUUCUAGUACAGGUGACCAUCGGUGACAGAAACUACGUUGUUGAUGCAGCCUUUGGAGGCUCCCUCCAGAUGUGGGAGCCUCUGGAAUUAGCAUCAGGGAAGGAUCAGCCUCAGGCGCCUGCCAUCUUCCGCUUGACAGAAGAGAACGGAACCUGGUACUUGGACCAAAUCAGAAGAGAGCAGUACGUUCCAAACCAAGAAUUUGUUAACUCUGAUCUCCUUGAGAAGGCCAAAUAUCGAAAAAUCUAUUCUUUUACUCUCAAACCCCGCACUAUUGAGGAUUUCGAACAUUCGAAUACCUACCUUCAGACAUCAUCAUCAUCUGUAUUUGUAAAUACCUCGUUUUGCUCAUUGCAGACCACAGAAGGCGUGUGCUGUUUAAUAGGCUCCACCAUUGCGAGUAGGAAAUUCAGUUAUAAGGACAAUGUAGAUCUGGUCGAGAUUAGGAACGUGAAGGAGGAGGAAAUAGAAGACAUACUGAAAACUGCAUUUGGCAUUUCUUUGGAGAGAAAGUUUGUGCCUAAAAGUGGUGACCUAUCUUUUACUAUUUAGGAUGAGAAGCAAAACUGUUUUUCAUUAUUAUUUCAUGCUCUUAAACAUUUGAAACAUAUGCAAAUGUAUUCAUAACAGGCCUUAAAGAAUCAUCACCCAGCUCAAUAUUGA